AUGGAGCCAAGGGAAAGCUUCUGGGAGCUGCACCGAAAGCUGGCGGAUUGCUAUGCUCAUGAUAUGGCUGAGCACCGUCCUAGUAUCCAGUCAGAUCGACGCAACAGUCUUCAGCGAAGGCUUAGUCUGCAAAGCGUGCAGGUGCAGAAGGAGACAUCGAUGGCAUCGGAUAAUCCGAAGUCUCCAAUGUCAAAAACUCCAAUGCGAAUGGUGUCAUUUGAUCGGAACUCCACCAUCAAAGUCAUCGACUUUGACCAGGUGACGCCUACUGAAGAGGUCACCUUCACAGAUACGGCCAAAGCCAGGGCGUCCCUGCGGCAGAGAAGGAGGAGUACGAUGGAGGGGUUGAUGAGUGUGCAAGGCCUGAAAAGCCACAGCAGCCUCGGCGACGGGGACUCUGUGGAGGAACGCUGGGAUAUUACCAAGGUGAAGCUUCACGCGCACAAGCAUUGGCUUCAGGGCGAAAACCCGGAGAGCGAGAUAUCCCAGCGUCUACAAUCCCUGUCCAAGGGCAUUAACCAGUCCGCGAACGAGGCUCAGGCAGGAAGCGAACAGGAUAUUGUUUAUGAAAUGGAAGAACAGCCCACCAUGCUUCAUCCUGGCGGGGUUCUGCGAACGACCUGGAAUGUGCUUGUUGCUAUUUGCUUGAUCCAUGACCUGGUGGUGAUUCCACUCUAUGUCUUCGACAUCCCCGACUCCUCCCUGUUAGUUUCGUUGGAGUGGUUCACUCAGCUCUUCUGGAACAUCGACAUCGCAAUGACCGUGCGAACUGGCUAUUACUACAAGGGCCUGCUGAUCAUGGAUCCAGUGAAGGUCUUGCGCAAUUACGUCAAGACCUGGCUAGCGCUGGAUAUAACGCUGGUCUCUUUGGACUGGGCCUUUGUACUGCUGGAGGCUUCUGGAGUUCAGGUGAACUCUGUGGCGCAGCUUUCGCGCACCAUCCGCUUCCUCCGCUUCCUUCGGCUCGUGCGGAUCCUGCGCUGGGUGAAGCUGCGCAGAAUGGCAGAGGUCUUCCAAGAGAUGAUCCAGUCGCAAGCUGCCAGUCUGUACUGGAGCCUGCUGUUUGGCAUCGCCCGGCUGAUCAUUCUGAACCACUUGAUUGCUUGCUGCUGGUACGGGAUAAGUCGGCUGGAGAAUGCCAACGACAACUGGGUGAUCCAUGCGCGCCUUUCUGACCAAGAGCCAUCCCAUCUGUACGCUGCUUCCAUGAACUGGGCCUUUGCCCAGUUGGGCGUUGGUGUCUCAGACAUCAGCCCUCGCACAACGCUGGAGACGUACUUUUGCAUCCUAAUCGCUUUCCGGUCCUUGAUUACAUGCACCACGCUGAUCAGCCGCAUGACAUCGCUGAUGACUGCACUGAUCAAGACGAAGGAGGACGAGGAGCGAGAGUUUCGGCUGCUUCGCAGCUACCUUGUCUUCAACGAGAUCCCCCACCGGCUUGGACAAAAAGUCACUCGGUUCCUGCAGCACCAGUUCAGUUUGAAGCAACAGGCCAAGUCGGCCGACCUGCACGUGCCACUUCUGGAUCUCCUCUCCCACCAGCUGCAGGGAGAACUCCAAUUCGCGCGGCAUCGGGCUUCACUGGCCAAGCUGGAAUUCCUGGACCACCUGAUGGAUCAUCUCGACCGGCAAACUGUGCAGGUGCUGUAUGAGCUCUGCACUACUGCCUUGGUGAGCAUGCCGGUGGCCUCAAAAGACUUGGUCUUCUUGGGUGGCACUGCGGCGCGAAAGACCUACCUGAUCCUCUCAGGCAAGUUUACAUACCACCACGACGAGGGCGCAGAAAAGGUUGAUGAUUCUGACUGCCAUGGCUGGAUCGCCGAGAUGUGCUUGUGGACCCCGUGGGUGUACUUGGGAGACCUCGUAUCUCACGAUGUGGCGCGCGUUGUUGCUAUGGACGCAUCACUGUUUGGCCAGAUCUUGAGCCAGUCGACAGCCACCCAUGACCAAGCCAAAGACUAUGCCAAGAACUUUUUGAGUAUGAUGCGCGGCAAGACGUCCUGGACGGACCUCCGCAAUGAAGCAAGAGAGGAAGACACGAACAUGGACAUGAGCCGCAUUGCAUCUGUCAAAAAACCCAAAGCUUCAUUUUGCUGCGGGAAGAAGCCCAAGAAUCGAGUCGCACACGAAGAUCGUCCCGAAGAGUUGAAAUGA